AUGGAGGUCGUUACUUGGUGAUUUUUCUGUCGGUUUGACUGAGACAUUUAGCACUGAGUUCGGUAAAAUAACGGAACUUAGUAUUACCCAAUUCACAAAAAGACAUGAAUAAGUUACUCUAGACAUCUCGUGGGAGAUCACGUGUUGGAAGUGCUUUAGCAGAACUGGAUUUGUUGAACUCUGUCAGAAGUCUGUUAAGAACUGGAAAACGUUUUUGAGUCAUCAUAUUAAAGUGUUAUAUAUCGAAGAUGCAAAUACAAAACGUAGAAGCUUUAAAAUCAUGGUUGACGGCACGUCUAGAACCAAUAUGUGAUGCUGAUCCAGCUGCUUUAGCUAAAUAUGUAGUUGCUUUAGUGAAGAAAGAUAAGCCAGUAGAAGAACUCAAACAUGUUUGUAAAGAUCAGUUGGAGGUGUUCUUGUCUGAAGAGACCAAUAACUUCGUAGAGGUAUUAUUCRAAUCCCUUGCAAGCCAUUCUUACUUACCUCCUCCAAUUGUGGAACAGCCAAACGCUAAACCAACAACAAUAUCACCAAAGGACAAGAAAGACAAACCAAGAAAGCCCUCUAUCUCAGAAGAACUGAAUGCUAACAAGUCAGUUAUAGAGUUGCCUGUUCCUGAUGAUGAUGAGAGAGACUUCAGAAGAACAAGAAAAAAUACAGAUUCCAAUAAAGAUUCCAUAAGUGAAACACAGGAUCAAAUAGAUAGAAGUACUAGGAAGCGAAAAGCAGAAGAUGAGCCUUCAAUGGGAAAAGACCAGACAAAGAUACCUAAAGAGGACAUAGGUAAGAAUGCUGAGGAAGCAGAUACCAAAAGAAAUGGAGAYCCUCAACCAAUCCCUAGUACCCAGGCAUCAAGAGAUUCAAAUCGUGACAGAAGAUAUCAACGAAGAGACAGAGACUUUAGUCCAAGAAAUGAUGAUGAUGACCGCAAUAGAAGAGGAGGUGGGUCAUGGAUUGACAGGAGGAGAGAUCGUGAAAUGGAUAGAGGCAGACUAAGGGACAGAGACAGACAUCAUGAUUUGAACCAAAGAUUUGGGCACAGAGAAAGAAAGGCACGCUGUAGGGAUUAUGAAGAAAAAGGAUUUUGUAUCAGAGGAGAACUUUGCCCUUAUGACCAUGGCAAUGACCCAGUAGUUAUACAAGACAUGCCAAUGCAAGGAAUGAUUCCAGGGUUUCCAUCACAACCACCAUUUAUCCAUGGUGCACCUCCUCCUAUGGGUGGAUUACCAGUUGUACCACCAUUGCUAGGUGUACCAUCUGAGUCUUUUCCAAGAACUCCUAAUCAACCACCACCUCCCACCACCAAGCCUAAUGUAUCAGAACCUAAUAAAACAGAAAAAAAUACAGAUCUUCCUAAAGGUACCAUGGCAGACACACAGCCAAUAUCUAGCUUAAAGCAGCCAGGAGGUGGUCCAUUACCUCCACCUGUCAUGAUCAUGGCUCCAGUAGACCCUGGUAUACGGCCUCCCUUUAUGCCAAUACCUCGUCCACCCAGACCACCUUUCCCAUUAUCAGAAGAUUCCUAUAAUCCUGAACAACCUCAGUUUGACCGCCUACCAAUAUGGAUACGUAGGCCUAAUGUACCUCCUCCAGUSGUACCUGGUAACCCUGGGGUCCCACUACAUUCCAGAGAACUGGUUGCUGUUUCUACUAACCAAUCACAAAUAACUGUACAAGUUUCUACAAGCAAAGAAGGAGAGGGAAACCGAGUUGUCAUUGGGCCUGAUACUGACAAACAAAACAAAGGUGAACAGAAUAAUACUCAAAACAGACCAGUUUGGAGGAAAUAUAAUGACACCUUGGAGCUGAAGAAGAUUCCACGGGAACUAAACACCAUCACUAAACUAAACGAUUAUUUCCAGAAAUUUGGAAGCAUUGUUAAUAUCCAGGUAAAUGCAUUURGUGAUCCAGAAGCAGCUUUGAUCACAUUCUCCAAACACUUAGAAGCAAAAGCUGCAUACACUUGUCCUGAUGCAGUUUUAGGUAACAGGUUUAUCAGGGUAUUUUGGCACCAGCCUGACAGAGAUACACAGUCAACAGGCAAACCUGGUACAAAAGCAGACUCUAAUAAGACUUCUGCAAAGCCUACAAUGUUUCAAAGUGGAAAGACUACAUUUGUCAGACAACCUAAGCCAAAUGCAUCACCUACUGAUGUAUCAACUACUGAAGCAACUUCUGUGACAGCUUCAGCAGCAACUACAGUACCAUUAACAGUUACUAGUAAUGUAGAGGCUACAACAGCAGUAUCUACUUCAAUGUCGCCAUCCAGUACUUCAGUGUCAUCUUCACCUAGAAUACAGCAAAGACAGGAUAUAAUGAAGAAGAAACUUGAAAUUCAAAAGCAGAAACAGGAACUUUUAGACAAACAAAUCAAACAACAAAAGUUGCUUAUUUCUAAGCUUGAGAAAAAAAACCUAUCAGCAUCAGAGAAAGAGAGCAUUAUGAAGACUUUGAAAUCAUUGAGUAAAAAUAUUGAAUCCCUCAGAAAAGAAGUUGAGUUAGCAGCAAUGACUGCCAAAUCUAAACAGAGUCCAUCACAAGCAAGACAGUUGGCACAGAAAGCCAUUUUAGACCAAGAACUGGACUUGAUAACCCAUCAACACAGUGGUGAAGAUACAACAGAACUAAAAAAGAAAGUAGAAGAACUCAAACAAGAGGCAAAGUCAUUAGGACUUCUUGAUGGUCCUGUAAAAGGAAGAGGCAUUAGUUCUCCAAGGGGGCGUGGCAUUAGAGGAAGAGGGCGUGGGCGUGGAAGAGGGCGUGGUUCGAGGGUAUGGACCAAGGAAAGUGGUUCGUCAGAUGCUAUUAUAAAACAAAUCAGUAUUGCUGAUGUCAAGCCAACAGACAAAGAUACCAUUGUUGAACAUUUUAUGGAUUUUGGUAAUGUGGACUGUGUUGAAUAUGAUGUAGAGAAGUCUUGCAUGAUUCUAACUUUCAGAUCUAGAAAGGAAGCUGAAAUAGCAUUUAAAGCAAGGAGAUUGAAAGAUAAAGUGCUGAACCUGUCAUGGUACAAACCUCCAGCUACUACUCCAGUGACUACCCCAACUAAUCAGCCAAAAGCAGUCACUCCACAAAUGAGGCACUCUCRUAGCUCAACCCUGAGCUCCAGUAAGCUUGAUGAUGAGGAUUUGGGCAUGGAUCUGGAUGGAGAUAUAGAAAAACCUGAUGAUGAUGAUGAAGCAUUGCUGCUGGGAGGAGACUUUGAUGAAGAAGAUGAUGAUGAUGAAGACAGAUCAUGGAGAAGAUGAUAUUUUUACAAUUUUAAUGAAAUACUUUUAGAAUAACUGUGGAUAUUAGUUUCAAACACAUUCAAAUUGAAAUGGAUGUAUUUUAACAACUUUACCUGUGAAACAAUGCAGUACAAUUUUGUUUGUUCAGAACUUACAGCAGUUUUCAUAGCUACUUAUAGAUUUGAUGGUCAACAUCAUUGAGACUGAUUUGUUUCGUGGGUUUAGUAUAUUUGGUACUUGUCAUAUAUCAAAUAGAACUGUAAAAUGUUUCUUAGUACAAGUAUCUGAUUUUGUCAUUUUUUUCAUUAACUUGCAAGUAUUGUAAUCUAUGAAAAUAUUCAAAAGUCAAGAACUAGAAUAAAAAACAACUUAACAAAAGAACAACAAACAAAGAUGGAAUGAAAAGAAGCUUGAAGCUCAGUUUGUUAGAAAAAAGAAUCAUAACAAUGGGAAUGAAAAAGAUUCAGACAAAAUACAUAACAACAAACAAAA